CAGAGGUGAUCAUUUACAUUAUAUUGUGAUAAACACAAAAUCAACUGUACAAAAUCUAACCCAGGUACAUGUCUGAUCAUUUCUUUUGUGUAAUUUCUGUUUUAAUUUCUGUUGCAGGCAGAGUCUGUGUAUGUGGACACUCACUAUUUGACCCUUUCUUCAGUUUCUCUUGUCUGUCCUCCACAAGCAGAGACUCACUGAUAGACAGCUGUUACCCAUUCUAGGCCUGACACAUCCAAACACGACCACACCGCAAGUGUAUCCUUUACAGCUAAAGAAACACACUACAAUCAACAAUGGCGGUCCAGUUAAGAGUAAUUUUAGAAGAACACAACAUUCAAAAAUUGAAACUUCCAACAGGAAUUCCAAAUACAUUGGAAGAUCUUGUUUCCAUAAUUACUGCAACUUUCCAAUUGCAUGGGGAAAUUGGACUACUAUACCAAGACAGUAACUUUGACAAUCAGUUUUUCAGUGUCACCUCAACUGCUGACUUGCAUGACAAGGCCACUGUUAAAGUGAUCCUAAAAGAGCCGACAAUCACCCUUGACCUACACCCAGUAUUUGAAUCAUCUACAUUGAGUACAGUGAGCACCCAUCCUGCUAGUACUGCUGAAACGGACAUCUGCCCUGCAGAUCAUGAUGCAUCCUCAGAGGUGUCAAACUGCGAAUCUUCAAGUUCCAGUGAUACCAUUAUUCUUCCUGAUUCAUGUCGCUCUGCUGCAUGGCCAGUGCCAUUCCAAGUACCAGAGUUUUCCAGAGACAUAGAACUAAUCCUUGCAGAGGCAAACAACUCGUAUCAUGCCUCUGGAAGACACUUCAUGGAUGCCAGUAUUAAAUCAGCAAUAAUGCAAGAGCUUGCAAAAGUAAUUUUUUCAUACACCGCUUACCCAACCAAUGAGCAGAUCCUCUCAGUAGCUGAAGCCUUGGUUUCUAAGUUUCCGUGUCUUAGGGAGCCAGGUUCAUUUGCGGGAUUAUAUGGCUGGCAGCAGCGCAUAAAAAACAAGAUGCACAAUUACCGUGCCAAGCUAAGAUCUCGAAAAUAUUCUUAUCCGGAAAUUGAAAUCAACACCUUAAAAAGGAAGCAUCCCGCUGAUGUAGGGCCUUUAAAAAAUAUAAAAAAGGCCAAAAAAGCAGAGGUUAAUUACCUCCCUCCACACCCUACUGGUGAAAGCCAAGAGACACUGGAGAAAGAGAGACUUGAAUUAAUUUGUGAAAUUACAAAGAAAAACAAUGCAAAGAUAAUUGCAGAUAAAAUGAAUAAAACCUUCUCUAGCCGAAGAAUUGAAGUGGUCAGCCUCAGCCCCUCUGUUGAUGUGUUUAAAGAAAGGUGGCCAGCAUUAUUCACUGAGGCUCAGGUGAGAAUUUUUCUUUUUUUUCCCCCCACUAAGAUACUUUCAUGUGAUUACUAUGAGAUCUGGUCUGUCAUUUAACAUAUAAUUUUUGUUC